CCCUAAAGAUGUAGCUGUACAUGGAGAUCUUGCUGGGAAAAUCGGCUUGCUCCCCUCACCCGCGUUCAGCCCAGGAGAACCGCCGCCGCCACCCGGGAGCUUCCACUGCCACUGUGCACACCCCUCCGAGAGUCCAUUCGCCGCUGCCCAGCUCCAAGGCGCCUUCAGGGGCCCAAGAUUCUUGUCGGGAGAGCAGAGGAUCUUAGAAAAUGGAUGCGCUGAGACCUCUCUGCAAAGCCUCCGAGAGAGCCUGAGAGGAGCGAGGACGGACACGUUACUCGCGGCUUUAAAAACAAAUCACACUCAAGGACCAAAACAACAACCAAAUAAUUUUUUUUAUUAAAACAAUAAGCGCCCAAGAACCCAGAUCGAGCUGGUGGGGGAGGGGAAGGGGCGGGAAGGGGAGGGUCGCACCGAGGUAGCUCUACGCUGAGCAGCGACCCCGCCGCCUCCCGGCACAGCCGGGCCGGCUCCUCCAGCCCCGGCUCGGACUCGCCCGGAUUCCAGGUCAGCUUCGGAGUCAAGAGUCCCGUGUCCCGCAUCUGCGGGACAUCCUCGCGGGAGCCGGCCGGCACUUUUGCAUGAGCACCGGAGCGCUCUGCCUGGUCGCUGCAGCGGGGAAAGCGGGAGCCGGCGCGCGGGCUGUAGAGCCGGGCGGGCGGCGGCGGCGGCGGCGAGCAAGGGCGCACGGUGCCGGGACCAGCUCGCCGCGCCCCAUGGGGAGCCGGCGGCCGCGGCACAGCUGAGGCGGGCCCCGUGGGCCAGGCGCGGGCCCCGGGCUGCAGCGGCCCCCUCUGCGGCUGCAGGGCCGGCCCGGGAGCCCGGGGGCUGGGGGGUGGGGGGUGGGGGAGGCCGCCGAUCGCCGAGGCCGGAGCCCGAUCGGAGGGCGCGGCGGGGCUGCGCGCACGCUGGGGCGCGUGGAGGGCCACGGAAGGCGAGAUGAGUCUGGUGGGGGGCUUCCCCCACCACCCCGUGGUGCACCAUGAGGGCUACCCGUUCGCCGCAGCCGCCGCCGCCGCUGCCGCUGCCGCCGCCAGCCGCUGCAGCCACGAGGAGAACCCCUACUUCCACGGCUGGCUUAUUGGCCACCCGGAGAUGUCGCCCCCCGACUACAGCAUGGCCCUGUCCUACAGCCCCGAGUACGCCAGCGGUGCCGCGGGCCUGGACCACUCCCAUUAUGGGGGAGUGCCGCCCGGUGCCGGGCCUCCCGGUCUGGGGGGGCCUCGCCCGGUGAAGCGCCGGGGCACCGCCAACCGCAAGGAGCGGCGCAGGACUCAGAGCAUCAACAGCGCCUUCGCCGAGCUGCGCGAGUGCAUCCCCAACGUGCCCGCCGACACCAAACUCUCCAAAAUCAAGACACUGCGCCUGGCCACCAGCUACAUCGCCUACCUCAUGGAUCUGCUGGCCAAGGACGACCAGAACGGAGAGGCGGAGGCCUUCAAGGCGGAGAUCAAGAAGACCGACGUGAAAGAGGAGAAGAGGAAGAAAGAGCUGAAUGAAAUCUUGAAAAGUACAGUGAGCAGCAACGACAAGAAAACCAAAGGCCGGACAGGCUGGCCACAGCACGUCUGGGCCCUGGAGCUCAAGCAGUGAAGAGGAGAGCCGUGAGCCGGGGGCCAAGGCGCCAGAUGCAGACCCAGGACUCCCCGAAAGCCCUCGGGCUCCGUUCUGAGGACUUCUUGCAGUUGGAUCAUCCGGUUUAUUUAUGUGCAAUUUCCUUCCCCCCUCUUUCUGCCCGCCCCCUACCUUUGAGCAUCCGCUCCCCACCUCCCUCUCAAAAAAAAGUGGAUAUUUGAAGAAAAGCAUUCCAUAUUUUAAUAUGAAGAGGACACUCCCGUGUGGUAAGGGACCCCCGUCAUUCUCUGUGUGAAUGUUCCCUCUUGGCUGUGUAGAUACCAGCGUUGUUCCCCGCCUCCUUACCCAACUCUUUCCAGAUAAAACAAAGUGGACACUA